AUGCAGCCUUUCUACGACAGAGAAGAAGACGAAUAUCUCCUCAGAAUCGAAAACUCUCCGCGGUGGGAUUGGGGACGAGACGCAAACGGCCAGGUUUGGUACUGGGAAGUAAGUGGCACAGCUGGUCACGCAACCGCGACUUGGCGCUUCAAGCACAACGGAGAGUUUGCAUAUGGUCAUGAACCGCUGGACUUUUGGGAUGAUUGGUACGAUGAAUCUGGGGAUAAGGCUAAGUCAACACCCUAUGGCCGGAAUCUACACGCUUUUAUCGCGAGUGAUAGACUUGGCAGUGAGAUUCCGCAGCGGAGCGCAUUUUUGACGUUUUACGUUUCUAGCCAAUAUGAGUCUAGGGUGAGUAGAUGUGUGAGACACGCGGUUGGCUACGUCACCCAUCAUGAGUAUGACUGCCAGUCUGAUCCAAGGUCAAACAGAACCGACGCCAGAUCUAGGCAGCAGGAUAAAAACAUAGAGUAA